GAGAAAAAUGAGAGUAAUAGGUCUGACCGGUGGAAUUGCGACCGGCAAAAGCACUGUCUCCAAUCUCUUCAAAGCUAACGCCUUUCCCGUCGUCGAUGCUGACGUCAUCGCACGCGAUGUAUUGAAGAGAGGUAGUGGUGGUUGGAAAAAAGUCGUGGCAGCUUUUGGGGAUGAUGUAUUGCUUGAAAAUGGGGAAGUCGACCGCGUUAAGCUCGGCCACAUUGUAUUUACCGAUCCUUCAAAACGCCAGCUUCUUAAUAGGCUUCUUGCCCCUUACAUUUCAUUUGGUAUAUUUUGGGAAGUUUUCAAGCUGUGGAUGAAGGGUUGUAAGAUUAUCAUCCUUGACGUACCCUUGUUGUUUGAGGCCAAAAUUGAUCGUUGGACAAUGCCGGUAAUUGUUGUGUGGGUUGAUCCUGAAACUCAACUUCAACGUCUCAUGGCCAGGGACAGAACAUCUGCACAAGAUGCUCAGAACAGGAUAAACUCCCAGAUGCCUCUUGAUAUAAAAAGGUCAAAAGCAGACAUAGUGAUUGAUAAUAAUGGAUCUUUAGAGGACUUGCAUGAAAGUUUCAAGAAGGUAUUAGAUCAGGUUACCAAACCAUUAACAUGGACUGAGUUCUGGCUUUCAAGACAGGGUGCUAUAGUGGCUUUAGUAUCAAUAUUUUCAGGUGUUAUUGGAUGCAAGAAGAUGCUUGCACGAUUAUGAUUUUAGGUUCACUAAUGAUAUGUGAAGAUUGAGGAUGGAUUUUAUUGGAAGUUACUUUUUUUUAUCAAAAAAGUUUAGUACUUUAAAAUGAUUAAUUGGGGCCAUUUCUAUA